GGGAAGGCUUGCCGGUGAAUAUAUCCGGUUUGCUAAAAUUGAGUGCGAAGAAUCGUUAGAUAGCAAAUCCGUAAACAUCAUAUUCAUCAACCAUGCAUAGUUAAAGGCGUCAGUACGAAUGGUCAGCUCAAUUGCUUAUCUGAUUUAGAAUGCAUCUGUACAACCUUACGCUUCAGAGGGCCACGGGAAUUACAUGUGCUGUACAUGGGAACUUCUCCGGCUCCAAGUUACAGGAAGUGAUAGUUGCUCGAGGAAAGAUUCUUGAGCUGCUCAGACAUGAUCCGAACACAGGGAAGAUAUAUCCUGUUCUUACACAGGAGGUGUUUGGAAUUAUCAGAUCUCUAAUGCCAUUUAGAUUAACUGGAGGAACCAAAGAUUACCUUGUUGUGGGUUCCGACUCUGGUAGAAUUGUCAUCCUGGAGUUCCUAGCACAGAAGAACAUGUUUGAGAAGGUACACCAGGAGACAUUCGGCAAAAGUGGAUGUAGACGUAUAGUUCCAGGCCAGUUCCUAGCUGUGGAUCCUAAAGGCAGAGCUGUUAUGAUAGGUGCGGUGGAGAAACAGAAGUUGGUGUAUAUACUGAACAGAGAUGCACAGGCCAGACUGACUAUAUCCUCGCCUCUUGAAGCUCAUAAAGCAAAUACCCUUGUCUUCUACAGUGUAGGCGUAGAUGUCGGCUUUGAAAACCCUACCUUUGCUUGCUUAGAAAUUGAUUAUGAGGAAUGUGAUGCAGACCCUACUGGAGAGGCGGCGGACAAGGCACAACAACUUCUUACAUAUUACGAGCUGGAUCUAGGGCUGAACCAUGUAGUUAGAAAAUACUCUGAACCUCUUGAAGAACAUGCAAACUUCUUGAUAUCUGUUCCUGGAGGUACAGAUGGACCCAGUGGUUGCCUGAUAUGCUCUGAGAACUACAUUACAUACAAAAAUCUGGGUGACCAACCAGAUAUCAGGUGUCCAAUUCCUCGCAGGCGGAAUGAUCUGGAUGACCCUGAAAGAGGCAUGAUUUUUGUUUGCAGUGCUACACAUAAAACAAAGUCAAUGUUUUUCUUCCUGGCACAAACAGAACAGGGUGACAUUUUCAAGAUUACUUUGGAAACGGACGAAGAUAUGGUGACAGAAAUACACCUCAAAUACUUUGAUACAAUACCAGUGGCUGCAAGCUUAUGCGUGUUAAAGUCAGGCUUCCUGUUUUCUGCCUCGGAAUUUGGAAAUCACAAUCUGUACCAGAUAGCUAGGCUAGGGGAUGAUGAUGACGAGCCACGGUUCAGUAGUGCCAGUCCGCUAGAGGAAGGUACCACAUUCUUCUUCUCUCCUCGACCAUUGAAAAAUCUGGUCAUGGUGGAUGAGAUGGACAGUUUGUCACCAAUAACCUCAUGCCAGAUAGCAGAUUUGGCCAAUGAGGACACACCUCAGUUGUAUACAUUAUGUGGCAGGGGUCCCAGAUCUUCCUUGAGAGUUCUCAGACAUGGUCUCGAGGUAUCUGAAAUGGCCGUGUCAGAACUGCCCGGUAAUCCCAAUGCUGUAUGGACUGUGAAAAAACACUCUGAUGAUGACUAUGAUGCUUACAUUAUUGUGUCCUUCGUUAACGCUACACUGGUACUGUCUAUCGGAGAGACUGUAGAGGAAGUGACAGACUCGGGAUUUCUGGGUACAACACCAACACUGUCAUGUUCUCAACUUGGAGAAGAUGCUCUAGUCCAGAUUUAUCCAGAUGGCAUCCGUCAUAUCCGAUCAGACAAGAGAGUUAAUGAAUGGAAGACACCUGGCAAGAAAAAUAUUGUAAAGUGUGCUGUGAACCAGAGACAGGUUGUCAUAGCACUGUCUGGUGGUGAGCUUGUCUACUUUGAAAUGGACCCAACAGGACAACUGAAUGAAUACACAGAAAGGAAGGAGAUGUCAUCAGAUGUUGUAUGUAUGGCACUAGGACGGGUACCGUCAGGAGAGCAAAGAUGUCGGUUCCUGGCUGUCGGGCUUGCUGACAAUACUGUCAGAAUUGUCUCCCUUGAUCCCUCUGAUUGUUUGUCCCCACUAAGUAUGCAGGCUCUACCAGCAGCUCCGGAGUCACUGUGUAUUGUAGAGAUGGGAGGUACGGAGGCUAAGGAGGAGACCGGGGAGGCUGGCACUGCGGGAGGAUUGUUUCUUAAUACAGGCUUACAGAAUGGAGUAUUGUUGCGUACAGUGCUGGACACUGUUACUGGAGAUUUGUCUGAUACGAGAACCAGAUACCUUGGUUCAAGACCUGUUAAACUUUUCAGGAUUGCCAUGCAGGGCUCCGAGGCAGUGCUAGCCAUGUCGAGUCGUUCAUGGUUGAGUUACGCCUAUCAAAGCAGAUUUCAUUUGACACCGCUGUCGUACGAGAGCUUGGAAUAUGCCUCGGGCUUUGCCUCAGAACAGUGUCCAGAGGGUAUCGUAGCCAUCUCUACAAAUACUCUCAGAAUUUUGGCUUUGGAGAAGUUGGGAGCAGUGUUUAAUCAAGUAUCUCACAGUUUGCAAUACACACCACGCAAGUUUGUCAUACACCCAGAGUCUGGGCAUCUCAUCAUCAUAGAAACUGAUCACAAUGCAUACACAGAGGCUACAAAAGCACAGAGAAAACAAACUCUUGCUGACGCAAUGAUAGAAGAUGCUCAUGAAGAUGAACGAGAGUUGGCAGCAGAAAUGGCUGCAGCGUUUCUAAAUGAGGAAUUGCCAGAAGCCGUAUUCGGAGCACCGAAAGCAAGUGCUGGCAUGUGGGCCUCCAUUAUCAGGGUGAUCAACCCAAUUACUGGAACGACCCUAGACUCCAUAAAUCUUGAACAGAAUGAAGCAGCCCACUGCUUAUCAAUAGUGAAAUUCUCCAACUCCCCAGAGGAGACACAUGUUGUUGUUGGUGUUGCAAAAGAUUUAACAUUAAACCCUCGCACAUUGGGAAAUGGAUUUUUAUACACAUAUAAACUGAUAGAAGGUGAAAGACUUGAGUUUUUGCAUAAAACUGUUGUUGAUGAAAUGCCAGGAGCCAUUGCACCAUUCCAAGGCAGGGCUCUGAUUGGAAUUGGGAAAUUCUUGAGGAUAUAUGAUCUCGGCAAAAAGAAGCUGUUAAGAAAAUGUGAAAAUAAGCAUAUUCCUAACUUUGUUGUGGGUAUCCAUACGAUGGGUAACAGAGUGGUGGUUGCCGAUAUCCAGGAGAGCUUUCACUUUGUCAGAUACAAGAGGGCGGAGAACCAGCUGAUUGUGUUUUCUGACGAUACGAACCCUCGGUGGAUCACAACAUCUUGCUUGUUAGAUUAUGAUACUGUGGCUGGAGCAGACAAGUUUGGAAACAUUACUGUAAUUCGAUUGCCUCAAGAUGUUACUGAUGAUGUUGAUGAGGAUCCAACUGGGAACAAAGCAUUGUGGGAUAGAGGUUUACUCAAUGGGGCCUCACAGAAGGCUGAUAUAUUGAUUAAUUUCUACAUUGGUGAGGUUGUCACAUCACUACAAAAGGCCACUUUAAUACCUGGUGGGUCAGAAUCUCUCGUUUAUACAACAUUGUCUGGUGGUAUAGGCAUGCUGGUACCCUUCACAUCUCAUGAGGACCAAGAUUUCUUCCAACAUUUGGAGAUGUACAUGAGACAGGAACACCCGCCACUGUGUGGCCGAGAACAUCUUUCAUAUAGAUCAUACUUCUUUCCUGUCAAGAAUGUUGUGGAUGGGGACCUGUGUGAAUUGUUUCCGUCAAUGGAUGUUGCCAAACAGAAAAGUGUCGCUGAGGAACUUGACAGAACACCUGCCGAAGUUUCGAAAAAGUUGGAAGAUAUCAGGACAAGAUACGCCUUCUAAUGUUAUAUCAUUGUGACGAUAUUUAAGAUAGAGUUUAGCUUCAGAGUGAUGCUUGUGCAUCCCACUUUAUUAUGUGCCUUCAAUGUCCUUUGUGAUGAAAACAAUUUGAAGAAAUUGAGAAACAUAAAAAAACUUAAAAAUUAAGCAUAAAGAGGUGGUUGCAAAAGACAAGGGGACCAGUGUGAUGUUACAAUUGUUCAGAGACAACAGUACAAUUACUCGGAUAACCCGAUUUGUGAAUAAAGUCUUGAAUACUAUAAAAAGAGAAAAUGUAAUUUUCUUGAGUAGACUUACACAAUAUGGCCGUUACAGUUACUGAACUUAAUUGUCGUUACUCAAAGUUACAUUUAUAGUUAACAGUGAGUCGUGUUUGUUAGAGGUAAAUGCAUAUAGGCAAGUUUGAAAUAUUUAUUAUAUGUUUCAGUGGGUUAUAUGUUACGUGUUGGCAGCUUCUUUUGUUUUAAAGGCUUGAGAACCAUGAUCGCUAUUUGUAUAUAAUGAUCCCAAUCAGUUUGAGCUUACAAAUGUGGAAUUGACAUACACAUGUUACUUUGUUUAUAUAUUUGAAGUAUUUACCUUUGUGUGUAUGAUGUACAUAAAAUUUUUAGGCCUUUGCCAAAUAUUUUGAAUAAACUUAACUUCAGAUAUGAUUUCCAAGAUUUCGAAAACUUUGGGUUCAUUUAUCUAAUUUAUGUGACAUCCAUUUCUAUUUAGAUUGGACCUGGUUAAACAUUUUAACUGGUGAAAAAAAUUAUGAAAAUCUAGACGAGAUAAAACAUGCAUUCGUUUGAAUAUACAUGUACAUAUAAUGAAAUGACAGUCAUUUUAGGCAUUGAUGUCAUUCUUCUUUGGUGUAGACAUUACUACAUGUGUUUUUUUGUAGAAAUAGGAUCAGAUUCAAGGUUUGUCCAAAUAAUAUUUAAGCCUACUAAAUAUUAUCUUAGGCUUUUAUUGAUUUAUUAUGUAUGGUAAUAAAAGGAUAGAACGAUGGUAUUGUCAUGGCAAAAUGGCCGCCAUUGCAUUAGACAUAAGGUUUGAAAAAUUUAAUUUGCAUCGGCAUUGUAUGAUUUUAAUUUUUUUUCAGAAAGCCUGGUCUGAAAAUAUACACAUUAAAAUGGUGAUGAUUUCCCUUAA